CAAUAAAACCCGCGACCGCAAGGCGCCCCCGGUGUCACCGCCACGCGUGUCCGCGAAACCCGCCGCCUCCCGUCGGCGUGCCGCGUGCCUACCCCUCCCCCUCCCCCGCCGCCGCCGCCGCCCCAAGCGAGUUGCUGGCUCCUUCUUCCGCCGCACGCUACCCCUCCUCCCCGACCCCGCCGCCCCGAUGAGCGGCCGCGACAACCACCAAUGGCCGCCGCCGCACCGAGGCUACGACCCCCGGGACCCCGCCGCCGCGUGGCAGGGCGACGCCUCGACCUCCGCCGCCGCCGCGGCGGCGGCCGCGGGGGUAAACCCCUACAUCUACGUCCCCAACCCCCAGUACGCCCCCAACCCUCUCAAUCUCGUCCUCAAUCAUGUGCUCCACAACCCCGCCGCCCUCGCCGCCUACCAUCACCAGCAGCAGCAACAGUACCACCACCACCAGCAACUCCUCCAUUCAUCUGCGUACCACCAAAACCCUACCCAUAAUCUCCAGCACCGCGCUGCCGUCCCUGCACCAGCAGCACCGGCGGCCGCCCCUAGCAUCCAGCACCGCCCUGUCGCCCCCGCGACAGCCGCGGCCGCGCCGGGGCAGCCUCAGCCGAAGAAGAAGAAGAAACAGAAGGAGCCGGCUCCGCAGGCGCAUCCCCCGCCACCCCUGCCCCCACCGCAGCAGCAGCAGCAGCAGCAGCCAAAGCCGCAGCAGCAGCCGGGGGCUCUUGAGAGGGCGCAGGCGGCGGCGAGGAAGGUGCGGGACGAGAUCAUUAAGGCUGGUGAGGGCGUUACAGGGUGGAAGAUAGCGCAGGCGGUGCUGGUGGCGCUCAAAGUGGAUUCCUGGGGCUCUCUUGGUGUCCAGCUCCAUGAAGUACCCCUCCUGCGCGACCUCUUCCUCGUCGAGGGCAAGGUGAAUACAUUCAUCCAUUGCUAUGUUGCAGCAAGGAAAAUUGUUUCAGUUUAUGAUUUAGAGUCUGAGAUAUGCAAAAAUGAGAGCAUUGGACAGUUUGAAGAGUUGGGGUUGGGGCCUUUUCUUCAGCAUCCACUUGUUGCACAUUAUUUUUCAGUACCUGCCGAUUUGUCCUUGGUACCUAAGCUUAGUAGUGACGAGAUUAUAAAUUGGCUUCAGAAGUUUAUGGACAACUCUAAAAAGAAAAUUACAGUGGAAAACUUCUUGGAUUAUCUUGCGGAGCAAAAGUCAGUCUCUGGAAAGGAAAACCUUGGUGUACGAAUACAAAGCUUGAGGUUGCAUAUUUCCUUUCUCCGGCAGGCCAGGAGAACUGAAGUGUCUGCUGUUAAAGUUCAAGGCAACACCAGUGGCUCAGGUGAUGGUAGUUGUGAGAAGGAUUUGGUGAAAAAUAGAAAAUUUCAUUUGAGCAAACAGGCAUUGGAUGAGAGGUUCAGUGCUAUAACUAGUCGUAUAAAGAAAUUACCAGGUAUCAAUAAGCACAUCCAUUUUGAUUCAACCGAUGAUGAAACUGAUGGUGAUUCUAGUUCUGAGGGUGAUGCAGUUGAUAACAGUGAGAGUAAAACUGGUUCUGCUGCUAUUGAUAACAAGGAUGUUGAUAAGCGUGUUAGUAGCUGUCCAUAUCCUUCAAAAACAGAAGAAAUGGAGCGUCUUGGCUUAAAGUCUGAAACGAGUAAAAAACCACCUUUGGAUAGUAGCAAGGUAAAAGAGAGUAGUAAAAAGGGUUAUACGAGAGAAAAAAGGAAAUCUGAAGAGAAUGGGAGCCCCACCUCUUCAUGCAAACGGCCCAAGAAGAAGCAAAAGGUUCAAAUGCAAAAGCAUGAGUUAUCACCUAAUUGUUUCUUGAGUAUAGGUAAGUUGGAGAAAUUCAUAACGACCUGGAAGGAAGCAUGCCGUGAACAUCCAGUUCAACAGGUUUUAGAGUUGCUAGCAAAUUACUAUGCGGAAACACCAAAGGAGAAGAAGAAAAUAAUAAAGUUUUUCUCCGAGUACCCUGGCAUUGGCUUCCUAAAUGUUGCCGUUAGAGCGAUGGGAUGUGGUCUGCUGGAUAGUCUUUAUGAUGCGAUCAAUGUCUUUAAUGAGAAUAAAUCAUCAUCAAAUAUUCCUGAUACCACCACUGAGCUUAUGGAAGUGGAGCCACCACCAAGUAAAAGAAAAUCAAAAUGUGUCGCGAAAGGAGACAAUGAUACCAAUGUUGGCAGCAAGGAUCCUGGAUGCAGUGUCACAGCUGAUGAUGUAAUCAGGAGAAUUACUGAAUUUUUUGAGUCCAAUCGUGGAGUGUCCAGAACCGAUGCUUCGCAAGUGAGAAAAUCUACAUUCUUGAGAACACUUCUCGAUUGUGAAACAUGCAUAACUGCUAAAUUUUCAGCCAACCAAUUUAGCGCUCUUGGCCAUGGUACUUUCCUCGAGUUCUUGGGGAAACAUGAGCAACAUUUACCCCCUAAGUUGAGCAGUUUCUUGAAAGUCGGAAAGUUAACACAUUCUUCAGUGGAAGUUUCUGUACUGCAGCAACAGAUUGAGGUUUUACUCUGCCAAGCUGGGGGUAAUUGGCUUGAAGAUGGUGAGUUUUCGGAGGAUAGUUUCUCUAAGCUUCUCAAAAGGCAAUUUCCAACUAUUAGCUUUGAUAUUGUGCAAGAUAAAUCUGGAGAAGGACUUCUUGAUUCUAUUGAGAGACAAAGGAAAAACAUAGAAAUAAAUAAUAUCAUGUUUUCUAUGUCUUUGUUGGAGAAACGGUGGUCUGGUAUUGUUCCAGGUAACCAUGAUACCGUUGAUGGGCUAAUGAAUGAUAUUCAACAAUCUUGUUCUGUAACAGUCUCCUCACAAGAAGCAAUUAAAUGUUUGCUUAAGGCUCCAAUGCUGUCAGAUCUACUUACUUGGUCGCAUUGGGAUUUGUUGUUUGCUCCCUCUCUGGGUUCCUUCAUGCACUGGUUGCUGAAUACAGGCCCAGUUCAAGAUCUAGCUUGCAUCGUGACCACAGAUGGUAGGUUUAUUAGAGUUGAUCCAUCUGCUACUGUUGACCAAUUUUUAGAAGGCAUUAUUCAAUGUUCACCAUUCCAAGUGGCAGUGAAGCUGCUUUCCUUGCUACAUGUUUAUAAUGGUUCUACCAACACUCCAAUUUCCUUGUUGAAGUGUUAUGCACAACGAGCAAUAGGCAUCAUAAUGGACAACGGUAAUGAUUUGCUGAACACUAAAUCUGAAGGCAAAUCCUUUAGUGCAAGGAACAUUUGGUCUGAUAUGUCAAAAGACAUUGACGACAUAGUUCAUCUGGUUGCCAAAUUUGUACUUGACUGUCUUGGUCAUCUACCUUCCGAAUUCCGGAGUCUUGCAGCAGAUGUUUUAUUGGCAGGACUUCGAACUAUCACGAAGAAUUGCUAUUCAGCCAUCUUGCUUGAAGCCACUGAAACCGGGCAGCUGUGCAUGCUUCAUGAUAUUGGGUUAUCACUUGGAGUAGCAGAAUGGGCUGAAGAUUGUCGCAGAUUAUGUUUAACUGACGAAAUUCAUGCAAAUAUAGAAAUGCAUGCUUCUUCUAGGCAUCCAUCAACUGCAUCUGGAGUUGCUAUAUGCGAAAACUCUAACUUGCUUAAUGCUACUGAUGUUGAUAUAAUGAAGAGGAGCAAGUCAUUGCCUGGCAAGGAUAAUCAAAUUGUUGCUGUAAGUAAAAACCAAAAUGUAUUAAAUAUCGUCACAGCAAAGCUUGAUACUGCAGAAUUCAUUACUAACAAAUCUCCCACCUUGGGAGAAGUGAAUCCUGAGGAAGCAACUCUAGUUAUUGAGACCAUACGCCGUGAAGAAUUUGGUUUGGAUCAGUCCUUAAGUUGCACUGAAAAUAGUUUGUUGAAAAAGCAGCAUGCUCGACUUGGCAGAGCACUUCAUUGUCUCUCACAAGAACUAUACUCCCAGGAUUCUCACCUACUUCUUGAGCUGGUACAGAAUGCUGAUGAUAAUACUUAUGUUGAGGAUGUUGAACCCACAUUAGCAUUUAUUCUUCAAGACAAUGGUAUUGUUGUUCUCAACAACGAGAGUGGCUUCUCCGCUGAAAAUAUUCGAGCACUUUGUGAUAUUGGUAGCUCAACAAAGAAAGGAUCCAACCAGGGUUAUAUUGGAAAUAAGGGCAUUGGAUUCAAAUCAGUAUUUCGGGUAACUGAUGCUCCCGAGAUCCAUUCAAAUGGUUUCCACGUGAAAUUUGAUAUUACAGAAGGCCAAAUUGGUUUUGUAUUGCCAACUGCAGUUGCACCUUACAAUACUGAUUCUGUAAGUAGAAUGUUAUCUGUUGAAGAUGUCAAGGACUCUUCUUCCUUCUGGAAUACUUGCAUUGUGCUUCCAUUCAGAUCAAAAUUCAAGGAGGGUACCGGCAUGCACUCCAUUGCAUCCAUGUUUUCAGAUCUCCACCCAUCUCUGCUCCUGUUCCUUCAUCGGCUAAAAUGCAUCAAGUUUAAGAACAUGAUGAAUGAUACGCUAUUGGUUAUGAGAAGGAAGGCCCUUGGUAACGGCAUUGUGAGAAUUUCAAAUGGGAAUGAUAUGAUGAGUUGGUUGGUAGUUAGCAAGAAGUUACAGGGCACAAUUGUACGCAAUGAUGUGUGCUCUACAGAGAUAGCUGUGGCAUUUACUUUGCAGGAGACUCAGAUGGGGGAGUAUGAGCCUUACUUGAAGCAACAACCCGUAUUUGCUUUUCUACCUCUAAGGAAUUAUGGUCUUAAAUUCAUUCUUCAAGGGGAUUUUGUCUUACCUUCUUCCAGAGAGGAGGUGGAUGCUGAUAAUGCAUGGAACCAGUGGUUGCUGUCUGAAUUUCCUUCUUUGUUUGUCAGUGCACAAGAAUCCUUUUGUGCUCUUCCUUGCUUCCAGGGUUGCCCUGGAAAGGCUGUUACAACCUUCAUGAGUUUUGUUCCUCUAGUGGGAGAAGUUCAUGGAUUCUUUUGUCAGCUACCUCACUUGAUCCUUUCAAAGUUACGUCUCACCCGUUGCAUGGUUUUAGAGGGCUCUAGUUCGCGAUGGGUCUACCCAUGCAACACUCUUCGAGGUUGGGAUGAACAGACUAGAAUAUUAAUUUCUGAUAGCUUACUUCUGGAGCAUCUUGGUCUUGGGUACCUAUCAAAAGAUAUAAUCAUAUCUGAUACAUUAUCAAGGGCCCUAGGUAUUCAUGAGUAUGGACCAAAAGUUUUGAUUGACAUCAUAUCAUCUAUUUGUCGAGUUGAUGGUUGUAUUGAGUCACUGGGGCUGGAAUGGCUAUGUGCUUGGUUCAUUUCUCUUCAUUUAUCAUUGAUGCACCAUUCUUCCAAAAAUCUUCCAUUAACCACAAGCCCUGAAGAUCUUUUGUGUGCUCUCAGAAAAAUACCAUGUAUUCCACUUUCAGAUGGUUCAUUUAGCUCUAUAGCAGAUGGACCCAUAUGGUUGCCUUAUGAUGUUCUCAAUUCAAAACCUGAUUCCAGAAGUAGUAUGCUGAACUUUCCUGUUCUAUAUAGUAACCUUCGGACAAUAAAACCCCGCCUUCUAUCUGUGUCUUGUCAAAACAAGUAUCUCACAGAAGAAAUGCGAGCAAACGACCUGAUGGACAUUCUGCUGAAGAUGGGAGUGCGGAAGUUGUCUGGACAUGAUAUUAUAAAAAAUCACAUCCUGGUGUCUUUGUCUAACAGUACAGAAGCUAAUGUGGCCAAUACAAUGAUGAUAGAGUAUGUGAGCUUUAUAAUGCUUCAUCUUCAGUCUCCUUGUGCAAGCUGUAACUUUGAAAAAGAAGAGAUAAUGUCAGAACUACGGAGGAGGCCUAUCUUACUUACGAACCAUGGCUACAAGUGCCCAUAUGAUGAACCAAUUCACUUCAGUAAAGAAUAUGGAAAUUCUGUGGACUUAUGCAAGUUACUUCUGAAUGUAGAAAUAAAAUGGAUUGAACUUGAUAGUUGCUAUUUGAUGAAUCGUGGUUCAGAUUCAUUACCACCAUUUGAACUUAAAAAAUGGAGGCAAUUUUUUGAGGAGAUGGGCGUGACUGACUUUGUUCAGGUAGUGAAAGUUGAGAAAAAUAUUUCCCAGGCUGAUUCUUCUCUUGCAGGAAGACUUUCUCAAGGUCAUCAUUCUGGAACACCCUGCAUUGUGUAUGACUGGGAGUCGCCAGAAUUGGUUAGCAUUUUGUCAACAUUUUCUUCCAAAAAAUGUCGAGAAAAUUGUGUGUAUCUUCUGGAGGUGCUUGACAAAUUCUGGGAUGCUCACUAUAGUGCAAAAGCUAGAAUCCAUGCAGAUGCGACACAUUCUGGUGAAAACAUAGCAGUUGAAUCGUCCUUUAUGAAUUCUAUUCGUACCUUCAAAUGGAUAGCAUCAGCUAUGGAUGAGGACCUUCAUUAUGCAACAGAUUUAUUUUAUAAUACUGAAGAUGUGCGUUCCAUUCUUGGUAGUGUGGCACCAUAUGCUGUACCUCAGGUAUGCAGCAGAUCACUUGGGAAAGAUAUUGGAUUCAAAAUAAAGGUAUCACAUAGUGAUGCUUUGAUGAUCCUCAAAUCCUGGAUUGCUUCACAGACUUCUUUUAGUGCAAGUAUGGACCAGAUGUGCAAAUUCUACACCUUUGUGUCAGAAGGUUUUGCCACUGCAACGAUUGACAUUAAACGGGAGUUUUUGUCUUGCUCCUCUAUAUUUACACCAUUAAACCGUGCUCGAUCUAAUGAUUUUGUUCCUGGAAAAUUCUUGUCCCCAAAAGAUCUGUAUUGGCAUGACCCAACAGGCUGUUCUGAAAUAAUAACAGAGAAAGUCAUUUCAAUGAAGAAUAAGAUUAGUAUGUUCCCAAGAAAGAUGCUAUCUUCAGCCUAUCCCAGCCUUUGCGAAUUCUUUACUGAGGCAUGUGGUGUACCAAAGGUUCCCAAGACAUCUGACUAUGUUGAUAUACUUUUAGGGCUGUCGAAUGCUGCAUUACCUUCAGAAGUAGCCAAUCAGGUCUUUCAUGUGUUUGCGAGGUGGGCUAAUGAUCUCCAUUCUGCAAAUGACAAUAUGAAUGAUAUAUUGUUCUUGGAAGGAUCUCUUCAAAAGUUGGAGACAACAAUACUGCCAACCUUGGGUGAUAAAUGGGUCUCUCUCCAUCCUUCUUUUGGCCUUGUUUGCUGGGUAGAUGAUAAUGAGUUGAUGCAACACUUUGAGGACUACAAUGGUGUUAACUUCAUACAAUUUGGAGAACUUUCUUAUGAAGACAAGCAACUGCUGUAUGGAAGAAUUGCUGCAUUGCUAAAAAGCCUAGGCAUCCCUGCACUUUCUAAGGUUAUUUAUCGUGAAGCAAUAUUUUACGGUACAGUGGAUAACAGAGAAAAGGUUACAGUAAUUUCUUGGCUAUUACCAUAUAUGCAACGCUACAUCUAUAAGAUGCAUAGAGAUACAUAUGUAAACUUUCAACAAAAUGAAAUCACGAAGCUUAGCAAUCUCCAAGUUAUUGUUGUUGAGAAGUUAUUCCACAAGUAUAAGCUGAAAGAACGUGAGAGUUCUUGUAAGAGAAGAUUCAAAUGCAAUUGCCUAUUGCAGGGAAAUAAUCUAUAUGCUACGCAAGAAGCUGAUUCACAUUCACUGUUUCUGGAACUGUCUAGACUUUUCUUUGAUGGAUCCCCUGAUCUGCACUUUGCGAACUUUCUGCACAUGGUCAAAACCAUGGCAGAUUCUGGCACCACAGCUGAACAAAUAGAGUCUUUUAUCGUUAAUAAUCAGAAUGUGCCUGAUUUGCCUGAGCAUGAAGCUGUUUGGUCCUUUUCUUCCUUGAUCAUAGCAGACCAAGAUGUUGAUUGCCAAAGAACUGAAUUCCAAUCUAUAUGUGACAGUCAGAAAACUGAAAUCCGAUCUACAUGUGAACUCAAUAUUUCCAAGCAUCAGAGAACGUCUGGAGUUGCUUCAAGUUGGCCACCAAACGACUGGAAAACAGCCCCAGAUUUCAUAACAUCUCACAAUAGCCAGUUUACACCCAAUCAAGAGACAAACUUGAACAAUGUUGUACCUUCGUUAGACUUAACCAAGACUCAGUGUGAAAACUCAGAAGAUAUUGUGGGUCCUGUUGAUCUUGAAGGGGAUUGGAUUACAGAAGAUGAUUUUGGAUCAGAAAAUACAGUACUUGCAGAACGUAUAGGGGCAACUGGCGAUGAGCCUCAUAUGGUGAUGUCGAUUAACUCUGCCAAUUUGCCGGCUUAUUUGGAUUUAGAAACCGGAAGCUCAGCAAACUCAGUGGUGGAUAUUGAGCUAACAGAAUUCAAUGAUAAACUGGCAAAUGUUUCGGAGAAGAGGGAUAGGCUCUGCAUAAAGGCUCCAGACAGAGACAAAUUAUUGAGAAUUGGCAAGCAAGGGGAAGCUGCAGCCCACCAACAUUUUGUUGAUCAUUUUGGAUCCAAUAAUGUCAGGUGGGUGAAUCAAGAAAAUGAAACGGGGUUGCCUUAUGACAUUGUUGUCACACACAAAUCGGGUUUCACAGAAUAUGUGGAGGUGAAGGCAACAACAAAUUCAUACAAAAAUUGGUUCUACAUUACAUUGAGGGAAUGGCAGUUUGCAUUAGAAAAAGGCAAUGCCUUUACCAUUGCUCGUGUUGUUCUGAAGGAUUCAAAGAAAGCAAAUGACAAAUCAAAUGUUCUCAUUUUGAAGAAUCCAUACAAACUUUGCCUGAACAAAUCAGUGUAUCUUGCCCUCAUAAUACCACAGCAAUAUCAAACAAAACGCCGUUACUUUGAAGGUAACUCGGAUUUGCAAAGUGAGGUAAACCAUUGAGAUCUGCAACUUUGGCUAAGCCUUUACUCAAUAGGAAGGGAGGUUGUGGGGAUUUUGCCACUGCACCUUUACUUCAAUAGGUACAAUCUGACAUACGCUAUAUCAGUUUUGUUUGGCUCCAUAUUUACCAACAUAGGGUUUUCCAUAGUAAGCUCAUUCUAUGCUUUCUGGAUAUACUACUUGUCGCGAUGGUUCUCGGCCAUGUCAUAGGACAUCACCUCGUCUAACUUGUAAUUUUAGCUGUUGUAACUAUUCAUCCAACUUUGUGGCCUCGGUUUUCAGUUCGAGGUUCUUGAUACAUGAACGUGCCUGAUCAUAAUGAAAAGUCCCAUUGCAAUUGUACAAA